ACCGCAGUGGGUCAAAGAGUUUUGCUUUCAUUUUCCGAAUGAAAUGUAUAAUUUUAAAGUACUUACUUUGUUUCUUCACUCACCUUCGUAAGGAAUAUUGGUAAAUGUUUUUUUUUUUUAAAUAAGGAAGCGCAUAUUGAUGUAUAUUCUGUUGUUAUAUAUUAUAUUAUAUGAUUUUUUUUCUUUUCUUCAAUUUGAAUUUAUAAAAAAUGAUUAUGACAAUUUUAUUUAUUUAAAAUACGACGGAGGGCGGAGAAUAUUUGCUGAUCGGGUGACCGGGAAUGCGGAAUCUCAAAACGAUUAAAGAGAAGUGGGGUUUGGAUCGCAUUGUACGUCCCUUUUGUUUGUUGUGUUCGGAUUUGCAGUGUGGUGUCAUCGUGUAGUAGUCGUGUAUGGGUGUAGUUGUGUGCAUUGGUGCGCAGUGUUCUCUUGAGUGAGGUGGUGAGUGUGGUGAGUGUGCGUGUGAGUGAUGCGUAUGAUGAAUGUGGGGAAUGGUGUGUGUCCAGGGUUUUACUAUGAGAUUGAGGCUCAUUUAGCCAUAUACAUAUGUACAAUGUGUGUGUUUUUACAGAUCGGAAUAAAACGUUGCGCACGACGCGGGAGCAAAUUGAUUGUUACUUAAAUUAUGUGCGGGUUCACCCCGAAAUAAAAGUGAACAAGAACGACCCAUCGCGGCCGAAAAGGGUUGAAGAGCUUUGGUCGGAGCUUUCUGUUCUCCUAAAUGUCCUUAAAGGCCCAACUCGGACCCCCACCAAAUGGAGAGAGAAUCUGAGCCAUUGGAGGAACCAGAUUCGGUCACGGGCCAGGAAGGCAAAGGCGCACAAGAUGGUAACAGGUGGCGGCCCAAGCUCAAAAAUUGACCUGACCGAAACUGAGCAGCGGGCGUUGGACACAUUAGGGUCAUUCACAGUUGAUGGGUUGGCUGAAUUACCAACCAUUGGAACAGAGGAAGAAGUAUUGUUUGGUGCUACUCCUACACCAUCCCCGCUGGUGACGACUACGGACGCGCCAAUUGACCGCACUCCAUCCUCGUCCCGAACAAAACGAAUAACGACGGACGAUAUGUUUGAAAAUGUAAUGACCAUGAUAAAAGAAAAGGACUGAAACUUUAGAGGUCAUAAAUAAAUACUCCGAAUCGCUAAAUAAUUUAGCGACAGCCAUGGUGACGCUUACCCAAAAUAAAUAUAAAUACAAAAAACUGAAAAUUAAAAAUGUGUCUAUGUAAAUAUUUCUAACUUUUACUUUUUUAAAUGUUAUGUUUUUUUAAUAAUUAGAUGAAAUAUUUAUUUGUUUUCUUUUUAAAAUGUAUUGUAUUUUUUUAGUUUAUAAAUGAUGUUUGAAUUGAAUUGAUGUAAAUAUUGGUAGAAUUUUAAUUAUUUAAUGUGUUAAUGCAACUCUGACGUGCUGUUCUGCCUCGAGAGCAAUACUCCCCUGAACGGAUUUCAGAGAUUGCUUCCACAUCUUCAGGGGGUGAUCGUUCUGGCAAUAUUUCGGUUUCAUCUAUAAAUAUGCCACGUUUUUUAGCAUAUUGUGAAAUAUGGUACAUGUUUAAAUAAAUAAUGCAGCUUUAUAAUGGUUGUACCGCAGUACACGUUCUUUAGAAAGGCAUCGAAAGCGUGAUUUCAAAACUCCAAAUGCUCUUUCAAUCGCGUUUCUUGCUCUUAUAUGCUUGAUAUUAAAAUUUUGUUCAUUUGGUGUUUCAGGGCUUGUCACCGGUGUCAGAAGCCAUGGCUCCAAGGGAUAUCCUGAAUCACCCAAAAGCCACUUAAAGGCUCCAUUAGAGUGUUCUCUUAUCAGCUUUAUCCUUCCCAGCACAAAGAUUUUGGAAAUCGAAAGAACUUUCUAAAUGCAAUUUCUUCAUAUUGAAAGGGAUCUUCUUUGUUGCGCAAAAUGGCCAG